AUGAUUAAACAACAAGAAAAACCACAAUCAGAUGGUGCUCAUUUGAUCUCCUUCCCAUUGUGCGACUUUCAAUUCAUCUUCAGUCUUCAGCUCUUAUUGUGUGUGAGAGAUUGGCUUCUUGUAACCAAGACUGAAAUGGUUCAUUGUUUCUCUGUAGAUCCCUUUGCUGAUGCAACUAAGGGUGACGACUUGCUCCCGGCUGGGACUGAGGAUAAAAUCCAUAUAAGGAUUCAACAACGGAACGGCCGCAAAACGCUGACCACCGUGCAAGGCAUCUCGGAUGACUAUGAUAAAAAGAAACUUGUAAAAGCCUUUAAAAAGAAAUUUGCCUGCAAUGGUACAGUGAUCGAGCACCCAGAGUAUGGAGAGGUGAUUCAGUUACAGGGGGACCAAAGGAAGAAUAUCUGUCAGUUUCUGAUGGAGAUCAACAUCGUAAAGGAAGAGCAGUUGAAGGUCCACGGAUUUUAAAAUACUGCCCCCUCCAGGGCUUUCUAUAGGACUGCACCAGCAUGUAGCAAUCCUAGUAUAUUCAUGGCAGGGUUUUUGUGACCAUGUGCUAACAACACUGACAGCAGGGUAAAACGGUUUGUUUUUGCAGUCAUUUUAAGCUCGAAUCUUCAUAAUGACCUCAAGCGGACCACUAAUUCUAGACUGGUCUGAAUUAGAAAUAACCGAAGUUAGAAAAUACUGAAUCUUUGUUGCUGAUGCUUGUGAACGUUUUAUGAUAGAUGCACUAUCUUUUUAUCUAGGACAAUAAAAUUGUGACUUUGCACA